AUGGGGAGGAAGCUGGACCUGUCCCAGCUCACGGACGCGGAGGCCGAGCAUGUGUGGGGCGUGAUCCAGCGGGACCUGGCCCUGCGCAGGGCGGAGGAGCAGCGGCUGCGGGGCCUGAAGGGUGAGAUCCAGCGGGAGAGCGCCAAGCGCGAGGCCCUUCCGGAUGGCGAGGAGCCGCACCUGCCGCAGUGCCCGCGCUGCCUGCAGCCCUACCAGCCGCAUGACCCGCCCGGGAGCCAGUGCCAGGACUGCGGGCUCACCUGCUGCCCCCGCUGCAGCCCAGCGCAUCCGGACGAGGGGGGCUGGCUCUGCCACCCCUGCCACCUGGCCAGGGUGGUGCAGAUCGGCUCUCUGGAGUGGUACUACGGGCACCUGCGGGCCCGCUUCAAGCGCUUCGGGAGUGCCAAGGUGAUCCGCUCCCUCAGCGGGCGGCUGCAGCGCGCGGGGGCCCAGCUGAGCGCGGGCGAGGGCAGCGGAGACAGCGAGCAGACGGACGAGGAGGCUGAUGCGCAGCCACGGGGCGGCAAAACAAGGCGCCGCCUCUCCAUCCACGGCCUGGACCUCCUGGACUCCCAGGAUGUGACCCUCAGCCACUCCGACAGCCUGGAGACCCUCACAGGCGAGCCCGGCUCAGAGGGGACCCUGGGCACAGAGGAAGCAGACGCCAGCGACAGGGGCCGCGACCCCGGCCCCGGAGAGCAGACGGCCAGCCACUCGCCAGGCCCCCCGGAUGCCCUCGCAGAGGCCGGACCCCAGCCCGGGCCAGACGACCCCUGGCAGCUGCAGGCGCCCCCCCAGGGCUGGGCCUCCCUGGCCACCAUCUGCGGGGACGCCCCCCACGGCCCCCCGAGGAGCAGCCCGCCCGCAUCCGAGGGCCAGGGCCCCCCGCCCACGGACGCCGACAGGGAGGAGGCCGCCCUGAGGACGAAGCUGGCGCAGCUGGUCACACACCUCAGCGAGGACGAGGAGGAACCCCGGGGGGUCGGCGGAGCGGAGUCGCGGCCCCAGAGCCCAGGGGGCCCGGCCGAGGGCCGCAGGCGUGCGGGCGAGGAGCUGGCGGAGCUGGAGGACAGGGUGGCCGCGGCGGCCUCCGGGGUCCAGCAGGCGGAGAGCGAGGUGACGGACAUCCAGGCCCGGAUCUCAGCCCUGCAGGCGGCCGGCCUCAGCGUGCAGCCGUCGGCCUCCCGCCAGAGGACGUCGCACCUCCCGGUCCUUCUGCCGAGGAGGGUCCGGAGGCCUGGCCAGAGCCCGGGGGACGUGCCCGCAGACGCCCCUCAGCAGGACCUGCACCCCGCGCGGAUGUGGGCGGGCACGGGGCGGGCACGGCGCUGUCAGUGA